UUAUUUCUCAGAGGAAAUGAGAGAGUUAUUGGGCCAAUACAUCUCAGACACCCUCAGCUAUAUCCAUACAGUGGAGAAAUUCUGUGACAGGCAUCCAAGGUGGAUCCUGCAAAGAAAGGAGGAACAAUCCAAGAUGAAGAACAUCAAGGAAAUGUCAGACAGAAUCGAUCUUAAAUUCAGCCGAGUCUUGAAUGCAGAAGACAAGACCAGGGCAUUAGGAGAGUUCACGAAAGACUAUCUGACCCAGGUGACUGCAAACCGUAGGCUUAAGGAGCUGGAGAAGGAGCUGGAAGCUGUACUGAAGGACACUCUCAAUGGGCUGGAGGAGCUGGACUGCUUCAUGGAUGCUGUGGAGAGGCUGGUGGUCACCUCUCUGUUAGUAUUUGCUGAUGAAAACCGGUUGUGUCCUCUGCCUCAGGGGAGGGAACAAGCAAGUGUCCGAGCUGUCAUCACCUCCGCUAGAAUGGCCUGUCCUCUCCUCAUCCACUUUAAGAGGGACGCUUCAGCCUUCUUUUCCCCAUGCCUCCUCAAUGUGGAGGUGCUGCACGUGUACUUGGAAAAUUACAUGCACAUCUCUGAGCAGCUUUGUGAGAGAAUGGGAUUGGGAAAAACGUAAGUGGAAAUCAGUUUAAAUUAUUAAACACAAUAUUCAAAUCAAAUGAUCUAUCCUUUUUUUCUCGCUAAGAAUGACAACUUGAUGAUGGACAGCAGCCCUGAAGUGAAUGAAAAGUCCAUGCAGACCAUAUUUAACCAUUUGUGCCAUUUGAGUGAUAUCAGGGUGGACCAGCACCUCAGACUGACGUUCCUGUUCCAGGACUCUGCCCUGCGCUUCAUUGGUCUGUUCAGUCAGUGCCACUCCAGAAUGCUGGACUUUAUAAAAGAGCUGGAAAGGAGAGCUGUCAAACUAGAAGAGAUGAAGAAAGGGGGUUAUAUCUCCAGUGUGGCAGGCAGUGCAGUGGGGGUGACCGGAGGGGCUCUGACCAUAGCAGGCCUUUGUCUUGCCCCCGUUACUGCUGGGCUGUCACUGGGACUCACCAUCGCAGGGAUUGGAAUGGGUGUGACCAGUGGGGUCAACAGUCUAACCACCGGUGUUACAAAGGUGGCAUUUAAAAGCUACCAAAACAAGAAAGCCAAUACAGUCUUUCAAUGUUUCAUGGAGGACAUGCAAAGACUCCAUGGUAGUCUGGAGAAGGUGGCCAGCAACAUUUGCCCUUUGGAGCCGAAGGUGGUGGCAUUAGUGGUUGGGAAGAAUAUAGGCAAAGGUGGUGCGAGUUUAGGAAAGAAGAUCAAUGGCAUAGUAAAAAAUACCUCUGCAAUAGAGGCCUUAAUGGGAAAAGGCGUGGUUAUAGGUGCAGGCAAGGUGGGCCUCCAAGAGGGCAAAACCUUUGCUGCAGAUUUACCUGACAUUGGGAUGUUGGCCCAAGGCACUCCACUCGCCCUCUCUAGGACAUUAAGGCGAUGCGCCGUGGCCUCAAAUGCCCUAUUCAUUGGCCUGGAUAUCAUCACUAUCUGUAAAGACAGUGUCAGCCUUGCCAAAGGCAGCAAGAGCAAGAGAUCCCAGCUCAUCCGAGCCAGAGCAGCACUGUGGCGCACAGAGAUCGACUCAUGUCAGAGGAUCCAUGACUCACUGUGCCGAGGCAUCUGGAGGUUCAGAAAGAGUCAGCGAAUCCUGGAGAAACCCUUUUACCUUGUGAAGGAGUUUGAAAGUCUAGAGCCGCUUGUGCAGAUGAGACUCAUGGAGCAGCCUGAGGAUGAUAUAGAAACUCUGGUGCAGCUUAUGGAGGAGACGAGACUCCUGAGGAACCCUAUGGAGGAGAUGAGACUCCUGGGGCAGCCUAUGGAGGAGAUAGAAAAAGGUACAAAAGUCGUUAAAUUGAUUUGCCCUUAAACAUGUCACAUACUGUACACAGCAGAUGUUGAAUGAUAUUAUGUACAUGUAUUAGCAAAAAUACUCAAGCUGCUAAGUCUUUGAAUUUCACCAAGCGGGCAUUGCCAUUGGUUAAUUAAUUGCUUUUCCAUUGAAAAUCCCUGUCUCUAGGUUUUUGCGACUGGAUGUGGCAUUCCGGCAUGGUGUUGUUGCUGUUGCUGUUAGCAUAUGUAUGGGCUGAGAACAUUUAUAAGUAAAAAUUUAGAAAAUUACGAAGCCAAGACACCUGCCGUUUGGACUGCAUUGUUUCCUGUGCAUCACUUCCUGUAUGACUUAAUUGCUUAACAUGUAGAUUUGAAAUGAUUACUGUGCAUGGUUUUAAAGUUUAUUGGACUUGAGAAUAGAAGAGAACAUAUUUUUUUAUUAAAUGUAUUUAAGAUUAUUACAAUUUUUAUUCAAACCACCCCUUUAUCUGGGCGGUGUUCAUGUUUUCGAAUAGUCAGAUCUAAAUAUUCUAAAUGUAUUAUAUAGAAGAAACAUGCCUCUCUGACAUGUCAAAUAAAGACUCACUAUCUUUCAGCAACAUAAGUAGAUGUACCAACUGAGCGUAGCUGUUCUACGUCAGAUUCUAGAACUUGUCACACUGUACAUUGAUGUAGUUACAUCCACAUUAUAUUAUUGUGAAAAUCUAAUAGGCCUACAGUUAUUUCAACAUGGUUAUUCUAUUUCUGAAUUGUAUAGGCAUGUACUGCCCUCUAGUGUCUUUCAGUUUCUUUUACUCAUGUGACAUGUCUUGAUUGUUACUCACUUCAGUUAAGAUAUGUGCAGAUAAAAGUGCAUUAUUUUCUAACUUAGCAAUGUUUAAAUAUCCAUACAGAGUUCAAAUGCAGAACUACAUAGAUUUUCAGAAACAGUGAUACUCUCACCGCUUACAGAAGAUUAAUGUAGCCCUACAACUUUAUAAUAUGACAACGGUAAAUAGCUGUAAUACAUCUGCUAUGAUUUAGCAAAUUAACUUGUGCAGAAAUCUAUUAACCAGAUCGAUCUUUUCAAUAUGGUGUCAUUUUCAUAGCCUAAGUGCUUUGUGACAAGGAUCGAUGAGUUGUGAGUCCCAAGAUGCUGUUCUGCACACCCACUGCGCCGUUAUUUGCCUGUUUGUGGCCAGCCUGUUAGCUUGCACGAUUCAAGCUGUUUUCGCCCACAGGACUGGCGCAGACUGGAUGUUUUUUUGUUUGUCGCACCAUUCUCAGUAAACCCUAGACACUGUCUUGAGUUAAAAGCAGAGAAGGGCGACCAUUUCUGAAAUACUCGAUCUGGCGUGCCUGGCACUCAAAGUCACUUAGGUCACUUGUUUUACCAUUUCUAAUGUUCAAUCAAACAGUAACUGAAUGCCUAAAUGCCUGUCUUGCAAGCCACGGCCACAUGAGUUACUGUCUGUAGGCACAAUCUUUUUUUCGUGAACCCCGGUGUACCUAAAAACUGGCCAGUAUGUGUAUGUUACAGGUGUAAUUACAGAGCUGGGUCUAAAACAACUGGCCCUACAUUACAGUACAGUAUUAAACCUUCCUCCGCUUAUAGAUUUGUAUGACAAGACAACAAAUAAUGAUUAUAUCUGAGAAUGUAAUUUAUGCCUAUUCUUGAACCAAUCAACAAUUUAAUCCCUUUUAAAUCACAACAGUGGCGACAAAAACGGCAAUAAAAUGUAGUAAGUCCAGAUUUAAUAUAAUAUUAUCCCAUCCUAAAAGCCAAUUUUAUACUAUUUUCCAGUUUUUCCAGAACAUAAUUUUAAAGUUGUUGAUAAGAUCAAUUUCUCAAUAUACAAUAAACAUAUUUAUCAUACAAACUCCAAGUGACGUUUCAAAUAUUUAAUCAGGGAGGAUGCCCAGCUGAAUAUGUACAUUCA